CUGCUCCAGGUGUUCUGCACUGCAUCUGACCCUGCAUCUGUGUAGGGGCUUUAUGUGUGUGUGUUUUUCGGAAGAAAAUAUGCACAACACACUGUGCCGUGUAGCCUACUCACAUUUCAAGUAAAAGUUAUGCAACUUCACAAAAACGUCACCUCUAAUCUCUGAGCAGAUGCAGCAGGAUUUACUCCUCCAGUCUAAAUGGAAAAACUUUGUUCCCAUAGUGACAUUAAGCCAGCAGUGCAGGGGGGGACCUGGCUGCAGCAAACUAUCCACAGCAGUCUCCAUAGCAACCACAUGCAUGGCUGAAGAGUGAUAUUGCUUCUCCACACUGCGAUGAGCAGAAAGAGUGAAAAGAGAAAGGAGGGAGAGGGGGAUCUUGGUUUCAUUGGUUUGCAAGGGGAGCUAGCAUUACAUGAGAGUGAAUCGGAGUGAUGACAUUGUUCCUAAGUACCAGCUGAGUGCACCUAUACAUCCACCUCUGUGAAGGAAGGGCUAUUCACCUGUCCGAGCCACCACAGAUGGAUCGUUUGGACAAAGGGACAAACAGGCAGAGAGAUAAAACCCUAUCCAGUCUGCUCUGCAGUUGGCACUUCGAUAUGUAUUAUACGUCUCAGGUUUCCUGAUUCUUUUCAGUGGACAUUAGGGAUUGAUUCUAGAGCAUCCACGGUUCUGGGUUUCACUGUCAGCCGGGACAUGGCUGGAUGAUGCUGGAUCCUGGAGAAACAACACUGUGAUAUCUGAAGAAAGAACACCAAGAUGGACACUGGAUUAAGGAGGAAAGUGCUCCUCAGACAGCUGAAUUUUAAAGUAUGCAGUCUGCCUCAGUUCUGAUUGAAAGGGAGAAUUAUCUGCGGAAAGUAUUGCUACCACUGAGGGAUUCUUGAACCAUCCAUCGCUGCCACAAAGAGUCUAUGGAGAAAAAAUAUCCAGUAAUUGCAGGAAGAGAAAAGGGACCAGGACCUGGCCGCUAUGGGCUCCCUCCCACCAUUGGAUUUGUUGGCCAUGACUUCACCAAGCCAACUAGCCCUGCUUAUUCCUUCCAUAGCAGGAUGAGUGACAAUAUGUAUUGUGUUGACUCCAGUCCGGGGCCUCAGUAUCAUAUUGAUGCUAAAAUCACUCGUUUUGGAAGGGAUGGCACACCGGCAUACUCAAUGCUGGGCCGAAUGAAAGCAGAGAAGGAGCUUUUUCACACACCUGGACCAGGCGCAUACAGCCCUGAGAAAGCCCCACCGUGCAACCUCCAACGCAGGCCCCCAUCCUUCACAAUGAGCGCUCGUACACACUACCGAGGCAUCGACUCAGUACCUGCUCCUAACAAGUACUCUCUCCCUCCGCUAAUGGGCCCUCAAGUCCCAAACAAGACAGCCAGUGCAAGCUACACAAUGUCAGGCAGUUACAGCACAGGGGGACCAUCUGUGGAUUUAGCCAAGACACCAGGGCCUUGCAGGUACAACAGUACGGACCCAAGUGUUUAUCUACCCCGACAGCCGGCGUUUUCCAUGCUGGGACGUCACAACUUACCCAGAGAUGCCACCCAGAAACCCGGCCCUGGAACCUAUAACCCAGAGAGAGUGACAGUUCACAAGGCCCGGGCACCAGCCUACUCCUUGGGCAUCAGACACUCAGAAUUUGUUACUCCACUAGUUGUCAAUGUUUCUGACUGAUCAU